GCCUUAGUAAAAUAAGUUAUUCUUUCUUAAAAAAAAAGUAAAAAGCAUUUAUGAACAGAGAUUGCAUUGAACCCCACUCUCCCAUUCACCGCGCGAAGUCGUUUUGCUGUUUUUUUUCAAAGUCUAAUUAGUUUUACACUCCCCGCGCUCGAAUUUAAUCAAUUCCUAAAAUUGCUCUGGCGCAGGUUAGCUUAUCCCGGCGGAUUAAUGGAAGCGGAACAGAUUCACUGCAAAUUUAGAAAAGAUUUGAAAGAGGUAGCUUGAAAGCCACACUGCUUAUCAAUGGUCGCCCCCAGGAAGAGAGUUCACGCGGUACACAUUCGUCGUGGCCCUGAUGGAAGUGCCUUCCAACAAUGGUUUUUCUUCUUCCUCUUCCCCUUCAUUUGGUCACUAUGAUUCCAAUCGUGCUACUUAAUCCACGAAAUUCUAGUCGAGAUUCAUGAUUUCCCAUAUGGCUGCAUAUUUGUGUGUGUGAAUGUGUUGGUUAUUUACUUAUCUUUUUUGCAGCGAAAGCUGUGGCCUUUCUGUAGCAAUUGCUCUGGCUGAUCUGCAUGAAUGCGGAGGUAAAAGGGAUGCCACCAACAAGGCCAAAACUCAAUGCCUGAGCAAAGAAAGAAAAGGGCUGAAGAGUAGAAAUGGUGAAGAACUGAGGUUUCAAGAUCAACCCAGAUCAGCAUUUCGCUUAUUUAUGGAGGAGUUUGAGAAGACAUGUCAUGAUGAGAAUGAGAUUGAUGUUGAUAGGAGAGGAUUUCAAACGUGGAGGAACAUGUCAAAGAUGGUACUAUGAGCUAUAAUGGAGAGAAAACCCUAUGAAGUUCGAGCGGCAAAUAUCUGUUCAGCUUACUUAAAAUGCUUAAUCGAGGAGGAGAAUAAUAUAAUGCGGGUGAAUGAUGAAGCUGAUUCAGCUGAGGUUCGGAAUUAUGACGAGGAUUCUGAUGGGUUCUUGAGAUAUGAUUCAGAUGAAAGCAAGAGCCUCAGCUCCUACUUGAAUUGGAAAUCGAAGCAUGAGUGGUUGUUUCAUUGAAAGCCCUGGUGAUUCAGAGUAUCAUUCAUUCAUUCUUGAAGUUUUGACAGAUAUAUGCAUUAGAAGUAGUACUAAGUAUAGAGAUGGCGGGGCAUUAAUCUUUGAUGUUAUCGAGAGGCUCAAGGUUCUUGGUUGCUCGUCGAAUCUCUGUGACUCUCUUUCCUGUAUAUAAGCUGAUGAUUUUGAUAAAAAGAAUCUUCAGGACGCUUUUUGUUUACCCCAAGUUGCCAACCACACUGUUAUCUUAUCUCAAUGGGGGAUUGGGGGGAUAUCUGUAAUGAUAUGAUUUUGAAAUUUCCUUGUUAAUUAAUCAUUUCCUUUAGAAUGUUGAAAAAUAAAGGGGA